CGGGAGGCCGCUCGGGGAGGUGUCUGGACACGGUCGCCCGGGUUCGCGGCCGGCGGCUGCUGCUGCUGCUGCUGCUGCUCCUCCUGCGGGCGGCGGCGGGAACCUGGGCCGCCGCCUCCUUUCUGCCCCGCGCCGCUCUCCCCGGGAUUGCGAACUCUCCACCCCGACCUCUCCGGAGGGGCGCGGCGCUCCUGCCCGACGUCCCCAUGGGACUCCUGGCUGGGACACGGGUCACCUGGAGUUAAUGUCCAACUGCGGGUCUGCGGAGACCGGAUCCGAGGUGCCGCCGCCGGACGGGACUCUAAGAUGAAGUUAUGGGAUGUCGUGGCUGUCUGUCUGCUGCUGCUCCACGCCGCGUCCUCCUUCCCGUUGCCCGCCGGUAAGAGGCUUCCCGAGGCGCCCGCCGAAGACCGCUCCCUCGGCCGCCGCCGCCGCGCGCCCUUCGCGCUGACCAGUGACUCAAAUAUGCCCGAGGAUUAUCCUGACCAGUUUGAUGAUGUCAUGGAUUUUAUCCAAGCCACCAUUAAGAGACUGAAAAGGUCACCAGAUAAACAAGUGGCGGUGCUCCCUCGCAGAGAGCGGAAUCGACAGGCCGCAGCUGCCAACGCGGAGAAUUCCAGGGGAAAAGGUCGAAGAGGCCAGAGGGGCAAAAACCGGGGUUGUGUCUUAACUGCGAUACAUUUAAAUGUCACUGACUUGGGUUUGGGCUACGAAACCAAGGAAGAACUGAUCUUUCGGUACUGCAGUGGCUCUUGUGACGCGGCUGAGACAAUGUAUGACAAAAUACUAAAAAACCUAUCCAGAAAUAGAAGGCUAGUGAGUGACAGAGUAGGGCAGGCAUGCUGCAGACCCAUCGCCUUCGAUGACGACCUGUCAUUCUUAGAUGAUAGCCUGGUUUACCAUAUUCUAAGGAAGCAUUCCGCUAAACGGUGUGGAUGUGUCUGACUCCGGCUCCAAAGACCGCUUUGUAUUGCAUUCCUGCUACAGUGCAAAGAAUGGGACCAAGGUUCCCUGGAAAUGUUUGCCCAGAAUGGAAGAUGAGGACCAAGGAGGAGGAGGAGGAAGAGGAAGAGGAGGAAGAGGAGGAGGAAGGCAGCCAUUGCGGGAGCCUGGUAGAGGGAGGUCCAGCGACAGAACACUGGAUAGGAGUGAGAACGGCCAUCCAGGGGCUCCAGGACAGAGCCGACGUCAUCAGAAAAGCUUAGGGCUAGUGACCGAGCUUGGCCCUUGACACAGUCCACGGUCACAGUCGCGGAUGCACACAACACCAAACCAGUAUGUCUCCUGUGGUUCGUUUUCAUGCGUCUGAAGACACCAGGGAAAUGUGAUGAGCCCGGUGUCACACUCCUUGUCACUACGUGUUACUGCUGAAAGUAAGAAAGGUUUAUUUUUCUGUCACUCAAAAGAGUCAUAUCCUGGAAAGGAGAGGGGUGGGAAAGCAGACACACACACACACACACACACACACACACACACACACACACACAAAGAUAAUAACCUUUGAAUUUGAAAGCUGAGGCCCGAGGUUUACACAACCAGCAUUUUGGGGAACAGUUGGUGACUGAUUUUGGACAUGGGGUGUGGGAUAGGAAGAAGUUGGCUAGGAACCCAAAAGGCUGUCCUAAUGAUUUAAAACAAUUUCCUUUUUUGUCCUCGGAAACAGGAAGCGAAUUGUGGUUUUCGCAGAGUGAGUGGGGAAGGCCCCCAGCUGCCCCGGCCAGGGAGACCCGCCGGGUCUGUUGGUUUACAGAGACGGUUGUUACAUACCCAUCCGUGUAUGCGUGGUCACCAGUGACCAGAGAAGCUACUCGAUGCAAUGCAUCUGUUUCAGAUACAGAAAUAUAGAGAAGAUAUUUAUUGAGAUUUAAGUUAUUAUUAUUUAUUGCCAUUCACUAAUGAAUUUCUCUUUUUCUCCCUUAUUUAUUAAAGUUUCUUUUCAAAGGUGCCAAAGUAUUUGUGCUCGCAAUAUGCAAAGAAAAGUGACAAAAGGAAAUUUUAAUUGGGAACAAGGGUCCAUGCUUUUCAAAGUAUUAAAAAGGUUUUCGCUAGGCA